AUGCGGACAUCGCCGGGACCAGCGCAUGUGGCCUCAUGGUCACCCGUGAUCCACACGCGCAGAAUCAUGUCUCCCACCCGCUCCCCGCUCUCCCGCGCAAGGAAGCCCAUCACCUAUGCGCCCCAACCGUGGCAGAUGGCCCGGGCAUCCACAGCCUCCAUCACCACAUUGCCUAACGGAGCCAUUUGCUUCCCUUUGCAGGCAAGCGUGUCCGAGGGCAAGAUGGCUUCGCCCACCAAAUCCACGACUACAACGACUACAGGCAGUACCGAGGCUGGCACACCACAGGCUGGUGGAUCAGCAAUUCCGGUGAAAACUGCCGGGCCUUCAACACCGUCCGCCAGGUCCAGCCGGACCUCCUUUGCCCCCCUCCAAAUUCCCAUUCCAGUCCAAACCCAACCGGGACCCUCUGUGCUGUCUGCCCGUUCGCCAGCGUUGAGCUUCCGAGAAGCUGGGCCGAGACCGCGGAGGUCUGCCUCCAUCGGGCCCCUCCGCUCACCGCUCAUUGCCUGCCCCAGGUCUCCCAUCACGUCGCCGCGAGUGACGCCUGCCAUGGUCUUGACGGAAGCCAUGGCACAUUCCAGAUCACUUCGCGUAGGCCGACCUGUCGAAAAUUUGGAAGUUGAGAUCGUGUUGGCAGCCGAGGGCUUGGCACACCCUCGGAACUCUGGGCAGCUGCUUCGAAUGGCCAGCACAGCAGAGGCCCCUGGAGCGCAGUCGCCGAAGCCCUUUGGGGGCAGCGUGCAGAUGUCUGUGGCCAGACCGCACGUGCAAUCGGCAUCAACGCUUGACGGAAUCGAGGCUGCCCUGCUUCGCCACAUUCACUCGGAUGUGUCGCUGCGAAAACUGGGCAUUCGUCGCCUAGGUCCUGCGCUGUAUGUCAUCGACGGCCGCCGCGUGCGACUUGCCUGGGGCGCUCAGGCUGAACUCGUGGUGAGCGAGGAGAAGGCAGCCUCCGAGGCUGGGGUCAACCGUAGUGGAAGCGCAGCUGCGAUGCCUUUGGCGAGCUACCUUCGCCAGGCUAUGGUUCAAGGGGCUGCAGACGUCAAGGCUUCUUUGGAAGCUUCAGCGGUGGCCAGGAUCCCGCAGGAGAAGCGGUUGUCCUUCGAUGCCCCGGGGCUCAACGUGCAAGAUCGGGAAAAGGCAGAUCUACAAACCCGCUGCGCCCUCAUGAAGCAAGCAGUGGAGGAGGCUCGCUUGCGCGCCGAGGCGGCCGAAGCCUACGAGAAGGGAGUGACGCUCUCCGGACCCGGUUCGCCUCCUGCCUCCAUGCCGCUGAUGGUCUCCGAAGCAGUGGGCAAGUGGUGCAAGAAAGCAGAGCGACCAGCGUCGUGCGUGCGCUUGGCAGAGGCUCAGAUCUUCCAAGGGACUCUCGAUUUUUCUGCCCAGAAACCUAGGCUGUGA